AUGCAGCACCAUGCACCCUUUGGAUAUCCCACGCCUCCCGCCUCUCCCGCCUACGACAGCCUGAAGUGCGGCAUCCCGCCUGCAUUUGCGACAAGGCCCUACCAGACGCGAUGCAUCCCGCUGGCCCCUGAAGAGAGGCUGGGCAGCCUGCUCGAAGGCAAGUUGCAGUUGACCGACAUCCUGGGGACUGGCGCCUACGGUGUUGUCUACUCCGCUGUCGACAUCAAGACGGGCGUUCGCUACGCCGUCAAGUGCCUCAGCAAGUUCAACGCCGACGGGACGCCCCUGGAGCGCCGCCAGGUUGCCUACCAGCAGCGGGAGAUCCGGCUCCACUAUCUGGCGUCUGCCCACCCCAACGUGGUGUCGAUGCUCAAGAUCGUGGACAGCCCGGACUGCAUCUACGUCAUCCUGGAGUACUGCCCCGAAGGCGACCUGUUCCUCAACAUCACCGAACUUGGCCAGUACGUCGGAAAGGAUGCCCUGUCCAAGAAGGUUUUCCUUCAGAUCCUGGACGCCGUGGAGCACUGCCAUAAGCUUGGGAUCUACCACCGUGAUCUGAAGCCGGAGAACAUCCUGGUCACAGACAAUGGAGAGACGGUCAAGCUCGCCGACUUUGGCCUGGCCACCGCCGACGACCGAUCCGAGGACUACGGAUGCGGCUCAACCUUUUACAUGAGUCCAGAGUGCCUGGACCCCUCAACAGCGAAGCCUUACUACAUGUGUGCUCCCAACGAUGUCUGGUCUCUGGGAGUCAUCCUGGUCAACCUGACUUGUGGCCGCAACCCGUGGAAGCAGGCUUCUUUCCAGGACUCCACGUACCGGGCCUAUGCUCGCUCCCGGGAUUUCUUGAAGACGAUUCUCCCCUUGACGGACGAGCUCAACGACAUCCUGGCUCGCAUCUUCAACCCCAUGCCUGAGUUUCGGAUCACCCUCUCGGAGCUGCGAUCCAGGAUCAUGGCCUGUACCAAGUUCACCAUGCCGCCAAUGGCAGCCAUGCCGUUGCCGACACCACCUUCUACGCCCCCCCACAUCACCGAAUACGUUUCCAACGAGGAUGCCAUCGUCGACGACUACGAGUACGACGCGCCCCUCUCACCCGCCUCGACAACAUCAGACGAAGGCUCGCUCGCCUCGAGCGUGUCUACGGUUGACGAUCUGGACGAAGACUUCAUCCAGGAGCAGCAGGACAUUCCCCAGGACUAUGUGCCGCACACAUAUGAACCUGAGGAACCAGUGGACCUUCCCAUGUACCAUGGCCAGGAGUUUGUACCACAGCAUACUCUGGACCUCUUGGAUGAAGUGGACGACCCGAGGCUUCUCGGCCCCCAAGACCUCUUGGAGGCCCUCAUGAAUCACUUCUAA